AUGCUGGCUACUCGAGCAUCGUUUCUGUCGUUUUUGGCUCCGAAAUCGAUCCCCACUUUGUGGACUGUUCGGGUGAUUACCAUACUAUGGCAACUUGCAGUCAAACGUGCCCGCAAGUCGCGGAGACGAGGUCACGACACUUCCGACUUCAUGUACGGCAGUGAAAGUUCCACCUUGAGAUUCCAAGAAGAGAAAAAGCUCGACUUUGAUGAACCCUCAAUUAUGAAAGAAGCUGCGCUCUUGAUAGUCGCAUCGGGAGUUAUUUCACUCGCUGACUUGGAAGCAGUCACAGGCUAUCGUCUAUCUGAGAAUCGUGACAUUGAAGUGUCUCCGACCAAGGACAAUGAUGCGAGUUCAGAAGCGGCCACAUACAUGUCGGACUGCAGCAGUAUUGCGGACAGCGAUAUGUCCAAGAGCACACAAGAGGAGGGUACUACCGUCACGAAACUCACGGCCACCGACGAUUGCACUUGUCAGCAGCCAUUAGCUAUACGACGAACAAUGCACAAGCCAUUGAAGUGGGUCUGCAUAGGCUACGGUCGCUACGUGAAAAAAGAAGACGUAGCCAUAAGAAUCGAAUGUAUGUAA